UCAGUCCACAGAUAUCCGGGUCGAUGAUGUCACUUCCGAAGCCAGACGACAAAUACCUGCACAUCACAUGGGGAAUCCAUUGUCGCACAAGUGUCGAUUCCGCUGCUUGUGUCUGGUGGCGGACCAGUCAGAGAAGAGUCCAGCGUAUCCAGCCACAACAGGCGCAGAGAAUGAUGUAUCAACAUCGACUGAUUCCAGCCUCCAUCUCGCCCGUACAUGCCAGUGUACACCCCCUACAUGGGAUGGGGGGCAGCCACACAACCAAAAGCACCGUGUCUGUAUGUGUCCAAUGUACUAAGUACAAAACGUUUACUCGGGCUACUACAUCCACAAUGGUGCGCCCCGUCUCAGAGUCGCCCUGAGAGGAGAAACCCCUGAGAGGGAGGAAUUCGCUUUCUUUGCAAUCGGACUUUUUCUCAUCUUGAAACGGACUCUUGCAUGCCAGUCAACUGACGAUCGAACUCAUCGAUGACUGAACGUAUGUACAAUGCAUUCACCCAAGGAACGUGAAUGCGAUGAGUCUUCCCCCAAGACACCUCCCCUGGCCUUCACUCACUAUCUGCCUACCUUCGUUCUUGUCGCUGGGGACUUUCUUGUCGCCGCAGAGCGCCUCGCUGGUCUGCAUCGACUUGGCCUGGCUCAGGAUCCACUGGACGAAGUUGGUCAUGUGCGGCUGGCCGGCGUACCUUCCGCUGGUGUGUGUCGUUGUCCACCCCUCCUGCCCGCCCACUGUCAGAAAGCGGGUGAGCUGCUUCUUCCACAGAGACUUCUGCUGCAGGGCGGUCCUGUGCAU